UUUUUUUUUCUCUGGCCAUCGUCGCCAUACGCCGCUUUUCAGUACUCAAAUUCCUUUGCGUCACCCAAGGCGUCUUCGCUUACUCGUUCACCAUGUACGACUUCCCCACUGUGUCUUCUAGAGGAGUUGUUCGCGGCGUUCCGGAUCAACGUGCAUCAAGGAACGGGAAUCGCCGGGAUGGGCUUUUUGAUGUUCGCCCCAAUUGGAUGACAACUGGUCGAAAGCUUGCAUGUUGAUGGCUUUUUUUGAGCUGCAGUAAAUUUGUUUCAGUCACUUCAGUACUUGCACGUUUUCUCUCAAAAGUCACACCACUUACUGAUGGUGCAAACCGUCAACGCGUACGUACGUUUUAAGCUUCGAGGCUUUCCAAAGCUCCAGUUUAUCUAGAUCAAGGUCUAGAAUAGUGCUCCUCCUCCACCUUGCAUUCUUAUAUUUGAUGCUUUGGGCGGCACUUGAUUUAAUUUCAUGAAAUCCUUACACAAUUCAAUCGCAUACGCAAUCAUUAUCUUUCCAUAUUUACACCAUAAUAGGCCUGCAUACUUGUAAUUGAAAAUGGCAUCCUCAGACAAGGAUGGGGACACUGUCCAGAUCGUCAUCAAUUCACUCAAGGCAGCCGGUGUCAAGGUUGUCUUUGGCAUUCCAGGAGCAAAGAUCGACUCAUUAUUCAACGCACUCUAUGACGAGGAAUCGAUCCGACUAGUCGUAUGCCGGCAUGAGCAAAAUGCUGCCUUCAUGGCGGCCGUGGUUGGAAAGCUUACCAACGUACCGGGCGUCUGCAUUGUCACGUCUGGCCCAGGGACGAGCAAUCUUCCAACAGGCCUCAUAACCGCCACCGAUGAAGGAUCUCCAAUGGUGGCCAUCGUUGGCUCGGUGAAGCGAGCUCAGUCCAACAAACGGACUCACCAGAGCCUUCAGAACGUCGAGCUCCUGAAGCCUGUGACCAAAAAGACCCUCCCCGUUGUGGUCGAGGAUCAAGUGGCUGAGAUCAUGCUCGAAGCCUUCCGAGCUGCCGUCUCCUAUCCUCAGGGUGCCACUGCCGUGAGCCUUCCCAUCGAUAUCAUGACCCCUGGGAAAUCAAAGUCUGCCAUCAAAGCCUUCCCGCCAGCGGCUUUCACUCCCCCCGAGUACGGACUUUCAUCCGAAGCGUCUCUUUCCCAGGCGGUGAAGAUGAUUGAGAAUGCCAAAUUCCCUGUCCUAUUCUUGGGUAUGAGGGCAGCAAGCACUGCUGUGGUAGACCAGGUGCAUGCUCUGCUUCGAAAGCAUCCCCUGCCCGUCGUGGAAACAUUCCAGGCUGCUGGUGCCAUCUCCCGAGACCUAGCACAUCUCUUCUUUGGCCGCAUAGGUCUAUGGAGGAAUCAACCAGGCGAUGAACUUCUCAGCCAUGCAGACCUUGUCAUUACGAUAGGCUACGACGAAAUAGAGUAUGAUGCCGAGUCGUGGAACCCCGGAGAGCGAGAGGUCGACAUCAUCCACAUGGAUUUCCACAGAGCUACCUUUGGAGCGCACUAUGAGCCGAGCCUGGAGCUGAUCGGGUCACUGUCUGAUAAUUUGGCCAACCUCAACACUCGUCUGCAGAACGUGGCCCGCCCUCAUGAGACAGUAGUUGCCAAGAAGCUUUUCAGCGGGCUGCAUGCCUGGGAAUCCGGACCCAAGGCCUGCCCAUCGCCUUGCCCGGAUACUGGAAAGGUGCACCCCUUGCACUUUAUCAAGGUUCUCCAGAAACAACUCGAGACUUUUGAUCAGACACCUACCAUAUCCUGUGAUGUUGGCUCCGUCUACAUUUACUUCUGUCGCUUUUUCUACUCAUACGUUCCCAAGACGUUUCUGGUGUCUAACGCCCAGCAGACUCUGGGAGUGGCUCUACCUUGGGCCAUCGGGGCAUCGCUUGCCCAGGAACCUCCGUGCUCGUCCAAGGUCGUGUCGAUCAGUGGAGAUGGAGGCUUUCAGUUUUCAAUGGCGGAAUGCGCCACAGCUGUUGCAGUCAAGGCAAACAUCUGCCACAUAAUUUGGAACGAUCAAAGUUAUGACAUGGUUGGUUUCCAGGAGCAGAUCAAAUAUGGCCGCACUUCGGGAACUGGGCUCGGCAACGUUGAUUUCGUGAAGUUGGCUGAGGCGUAUGGCGCCAAGGGGUUCCGUAUCGACAACCCCAGCCAGUUAGAGGCUACACUGGAAGAGGCACUUGCCUGGAACGGGCUCUGCAUUGUUGACGUCAACAUUGACUAUAGUGAUAAUCAGGAGUUGAUGAAGCAGGUUGUCUCUGAUAAAGUCAACUAAACCAUAAAACCACAGGAAGGAGUUGAUUUGGGGGCAACCCGUCUUUUCUCUCGGGCUGACUAUUAGCUAUCGUUGUGCUUGAGGGUUUACACACUACAGUCUGGCUAUGUUUGGUUAUGUACCAGGAACUCCAAACAUAUCGGAUAUAUAAGAAUGAAAGCGUCUGAACAAGCAGAAAGAGGCACAGUAGCUAACCACCGAGACUUGUCAAAUUUGUAUCUUUAAUUGUGUUUUUUUUUGUCAGUUAGGAUAGCAGGCGAUAAUAAUACAUGAAAAACAAAGCGUCUCCAACAUAGAGA